CGUCGCUGGAAACCGCCUCGAGUGGGUCCCGCGCGGAUCGGCGGCCCCCGCCCGCCAUCCGCCGCCGCCUCCUUCGGCCCCCUCCGCCGACCCUCCUCAACACCCUCGCCCCAGUCCCUCCCGCUACCGCCACCGCCGCCCUGCGCCUCCCCCUCCGACGGCGCCGCCGGAUUCUGGUGGCGGAGAGGAGCCCGCGGAGGGGGUGCCGCAGCUGGUGCAGGAGAUCCAGGAGAGGCUCGCGCGCGGCACCGUGGAGUGCAUGAUCUGCUACGACAUGGUGCGGCGCUCCGCGCCGAUCUGGUCCUGCGGGAGCUGCUUCUCCAUCUUCCACCUCCACUGCAUCCGGAAGUGGGCUCGCUCCCCCACCUCCGCCGAUGCCCCUGCCCCCGACUCAGGCGGCGGAAGCGGGUGGCGGUGCCCUGGGUGCCAAUCGGUGCAAUCGGUGCCCGCCAAGGACCUCUCUUACACCUGCUUCUGCGCCCGGCGCCGGGACCCCCCCAACGACCUCUACAUCACUCCCCACUCCUGCGGCGAGCCCUGCGGUAAGCCGCUCGAUCGGAGCCCGCCCCUGGUUACUGCAAAGGAAGAGAUGCGCGCGUGCCCGCACGUCUGCGUCCUCCAAUGCCACCCGGGGCCGUGCCCGCCGUGCAAGGCGUUCGCCCCUCGCCAGUCGUGCCCUUGCGGCAAGCAGACCAUCAUGCGGCGGUGCGCGGACCAGAAGACCCCGCUGACCUGCGGGCAGCGGUGCAACCGCCCGCUCUCGUGCGCCCGCCACCUGUGCGACAAAAUGUGCCAUACGGGCGAGUGCGGCCCCUGCCAGGUCGUCAUCGCCGCCUCUUGCUUCUGCAAGAAGAAGAUCGAGGCGGUUCUCUGCGGCGACAUGGCCGUGAAGGGCGAACUCGAUGAUACAGAGGGGGUUUUCUCGUGCGAUGCUGUUUGCGGGCGGGCGCUCUCUUGUGGAAACCACACUUGCCCUGAGAAGUGCCAUCCGGGUACUUGCGGGGAGUGCAACCUUUUGCCUCAGAAGAUUACUACUUGCCACUGUGGGAAAACUCGGUUGCAGAAGGAAAGGGAGAGUUGCUUGGAUCCGAUACCGACAUGCUCUGGUGUUUGUGGAAAGGUCCUUCCUUGCGGAGUUCAUUUGUGCAAGGAGACUUGCCAUGAAGGGCAUUGCCCGCCGUGUUUGGUUCUCGUGGAGCAGAAAUGCCGGUGCGGGUCUUCGAGCCGUACAGUGGAGUGCUCUAGGGUUUCAGAGGAGAAGGAAGAGUUCCUCUGCCUUAAACCCUGCGGCCGCAAGAAGAGCUGCGGGCGGCACCGCUGCACCGAGCGCUGCUGCCCGUUGUCUACACCGUAUGGCCGAAUAGAAGCAGGAGACGGUUGGGAUCCGCACCUCUGCUCGAUGCCUUGCGGGAAGAAGCUGCGUUGCGGGCAGCAUGCCUGCCAGCUGCUGUGCCACACGGGCCACUGCCCUCCUUGCCUCGAGACCAUCUUCACUGAUCUCACUUGUGCAUGCGGCCUUACAUCUAUCCCGCCACCCCUCCCCUGCGGCACGCCGCCCCCCUCCUGCCCCCUCCCGUGCUCGGUCCCCCAACCGUGUGGCCACGCCGCCUCCCACACCUGUCACUCAGGGAAUUGCCCGCCGUGCACCCUUCCUGUCGUAAAGGAAUGCGUAGGCGGGCACGUGCUGUUAAGGAACAUACCUUGUGGAUCGAAGGAUAUUCGCUGCAACCAGCUAUGCGGGAAGACCCGGCAGUGUGGGUUGCACGCAUGCGCUCGGACUUGCCAUCCUCCUCCCUGUGAUAAUCCAUCAUCUGCCAUCGGUGGUGGUUCUGGAAUUGGAGCGAAAGCUUCAUGUGGGCAGUUGUGCGGCGCACCGAGAGGGGAUUGCAGACACACCUGCACUGCUCCCUGCCAUCCUUCUUCGCCCUGCCCUGACUUGAGGUGCGAAUUCACUGUUACAAUCUCUUGUUCUUGCGGUCGUAUUACUGCUGCUGUACCCUGUAGCGCCGGAGGUGGCAGCACGAGUGGGUUCAAUACUGAUUCAGUUUUCGAAGCAUCCGUAGUUCAGAAGCUACCCGCCCCCCUCCAGCCGUUAGAAGCAAAUGAGAAGAGAAUUCCUCUCGGUCAGAGAAAGCUUUGCUGCGAUGAAGAGUGCGCAAAGCUAGAGAGGAAGAGGGUCCUCGCGGACGCGUUUGAUAUUACGCCAGUCAAUUUGGACGCUCUGCAUUUUGGGGAGAAUUCAGCGGCAUCCGAUUUGCUCAGUGACCUUUUGAGAAGAGAGCCCAAGUGGGUUUUCACCGUCGAGGAGAGAUGCAAGUUUCUCGUGCUUGGAAAGUCCAAAGGCGGUUCAGCGACUAAGCUUAGAUCCCAUGUCUUUUGUCAUAUGUUAAAGGAGAAGAGGGAUGCUGUUCGGCACAUAGCUGAGAGAUGGAAGCUCUCGGUUCACGCUGCGGGGUGGGAACCUAAACGGUUCCUAGUUGUUCACGCCACACCCAAAUCGAAACCACCAGCUCGGAUUCUUGGAUCCAAGCCGGGCACUCCGGUAUCAGCGGCCCAUCUUCCAGCCUUUGACCCGUUGGUUGACAUGGACCCGCGGCUAGUGGUUGCAAUGUUGGACUUGCCACGGGAUGCGGAUGUGAGCGCAUUGGUGUUGAGGUUCGGCGGUGAGUGUGAGCUGGUGUGGAUGAAUGACAAGAAUGCUCUUGCCGUUUUCGUAGACCCAAUGAGAGCGGCGACCGCUUUAAGGCGGUUGGAUCACGGCUCGGCCUACCAAGGGGCGGCAGUUGUUCUACAGAAUAGCGGCCCUACAUUGAAUAAUGCUUGGGGAUUGGGGGCUAAAACUGGGGAAGCGGCUUCGAAGAGCAGCAAUUCAUGGAAGAAGGCUCUUGUUGCUGAAUCGGAUUCGUGGGGAGGGGAGGAAUGGCCAGGUAGGAGUGAUGCCGCAGUGUCGGCAUGGGCUGGAACCGAAGGCCCUCCAAUCGUGGUGUCGAAUAAUCGGUGGAAUGUUCUCGACUCAGAGUCUGCUAUGAAUUUGACCAAGCCCGAACCAGUUGAGAGCUCCUCGUCGGGGAUUAAAGAAGAGACACCUGAAGAGGUGGAUGAUUGGGAGGAAGCUUGUGAGUGAAAGUGGGGCAGAGAUUUUUGGUAGCUUAUCGCUUGGAUCUUUUUGUUGUUAAAUUUGUUCUUUACUUUUUAAACUUUUUUGUCCAUAUGCAAUGUUCUGAAGAAGGAUAAAUAUGGCUAGGUCCAUAAUGUUUUUCUGAUAUUACAUUUAAGAAAACUAGUUAUCUUUUCGUCAAUGUCAGACUAGUUGACACACAAUUGUGGCUAGUGUGUAAAUCAUCUGCUUUGGAUCUCAUGUUAUUUCUUUAUCUUCA